UUAACGGCGGUGCACGGACGCGGUUCUGCCUCGGUGAGAUAAUGGGGCUGCGUCUUUCCGUCCCCGGGGUCUCGCAGCCUGCAGGGAGCCCCGGUUCUGGCGGAAAACCGGGGAUCCCGGCUGUGGGGAUCCCGCCUCCAUCGCGGCAGCCCCCGCUGGAGUCCGCUGCCUGCGGGCCGGGGGAGAGGCUGAGGCACGGUGCCAGUGCCGACCCCUCUCGGUGUAUGUGUGGUAACAACAUGUCUGUCCCUCUCCUCGCCGACGCUGUCACCGUGUCAGGGGCAGAGCGGGAGACCGCCGCGGUCAUUUUCCUCCAUGGCCUUGGAGACACGGGGCACAGCUGGGCCGAUGCUCUCUCCUCCAUCCGCCUCCCCUACGUGAAGUACAUCUGCCCUCACGCGCCCCGGAUCCCGGUGACCCUCAACAUGAAGAUGGUCAUGCCCUCCUGGUUUGACCUGAUGGGAUUGACUCCAGAUGCACCUGAGGAUGAAGCUGGGAUCAAGAAAGCAGCAGAAAACAUUAAAGCAAUCAUUGAGCACGAGAUGAAGAACGGGAUCCCCCCCAACCGCAUCAUCCUGGGGGGCUUCUCACAGGGCGGUGCCUUGUCGCUGUACACGGCUCUCACCUGCCAGCACCAGCUGGCCGGGAUCGUGGCGCUCAGCUGCUGGCUCCCGCUGCACAAGGCCUUCCCUCAGGCGGCGAACAACGGCGUGAACAAGGACAUUGCCAUCCUGCAGUGCCACGGGGAGCUGGACCCCAUGAUCCCCGUGCGCUUCGGGGCCCUCACUGCCGAGAAGCUCAAGUCUGUGGUCACCCCCACCAAGGUGCAGUUCAAAACCUUCCCUGGAGUGAUGCACAGUUCCUGUCCUCAGGAGAUGAUGGCGGUGAAGGAGUUCAUCGAGAAGCUGCUGCCCCGGAUCUGAGCCGAGCCCCUCGGGACUGUCGCAGGGGAGGGUGCCGAGGUCACCGCCGCCCGUGUGUCCCUGUGACCCGCCCGCUGCCAACGGAAGCCAUGGCCCCCCCAGCGCACCUCCCGCCGCACCCCCCCGUGCCCGCGCCCUCGCACCGCGUCCCCCCCGGCCGGGGGUGCCCGGCUCUCCCGCUGCUCCCGGAGCCCACACCGGAGCUGCCUAAGGCGAGCCUGGGAGCGGCCUUUUCUCUCCUGCUCGGGCUCCCGGCGCUUCCCGGGGCAAGGUCACCGGCGCCCCGGCGCCCCGCGGGGCUGGCACGGCGCGGGUGAGGUUUUCCUGUUGGGUUUGGGGUUUUUGUACCAGUAUUAGGGGCGGGACGUGCCCGGCUGCGGUGGGAGGAGCGGGGCGGGGCUGGGGACCCCCGGGGCUCGGAGCUCUGCCCUGGCCUCGGCUCAGGCGACUCGCGGGUUUUCAGUCAGAGCUCAGGAACCCGGGACUCCCCUGCGGACGCCUGCAGGCCCCGGGACGGGCUCUGCCCUGGGCCGGCACCGCCAAAGGCUGCCCGGGGCCGGCGGGGAGGGUCAGUGCAGCUCCCGCACCUCCCGCACGGCCCCGCCUGUCACACACGCACACUCCCCUCAGCCAUCGGGGCAGCUCUGCCCUCCUGAGAUAAUCACCUCCUUCCUCCUGCUCCUCCUCCUCUUGUUGCUUUUACAAUCUCCAUCCCAGAGGCACCUCCCCCUCCUCCCAGCCCAGCUCUGCACCCUCGGAGCUCCAAAGCUUCGUUUACACUCACGGAGCCACCGGCCCCGUCUUCAAUGUCUUCUCUUGCUGCUACUCGUCCUUCCCUGUGGGCUUGGGCUGGCUCGGGGAGGGGGGGUCCCUGCACCCCGGGUUUGGCUCCCGGUGCAGCUGGAAGGAGCAGCUUUGCUCCCAGCCCGGGUGCUGCUGUGCCCCUCCCUCUGUGCCCCCGGGGCUCUCCCUGCCCCGCCAUGUACAAUCACCUGUGGCUUGUCCCCUCCCGAGUGCUGGCAUCGUGCUGGGGCCCCGAAUGUCUCCUCUGGGGGGGCUCCUGGCUGACCCUCCCCUCCCACAGGGCCCGGGGCAGCGGCUGUGGAGCAGCUCUGCCCUCACCCCCUCUUUCCCUGGGCUGAGCCCCCACUCGGGGCUGAUCUUGGCUUUUAGAACACCCCCACAUUCCCCAGGCUGGCCCUGCUCCCCCUGCCCUGCCCCAGGGCCACAGAGGUGAGGGCUGCCCUGGGGGGUUCAGCCCCAGCAGUUCUGCUCCAGCCCUGCCCGUCCUGCCCGGGCUGUGCAAAGCAAUAACUGCCCUCUGGAGAGUGCAUGGUGGGGCCCACCCUGCCUGGGCUCUGGGAACAGGGUUUUCAUUUUUGCUCCUUUUGGGAAGUGGGAAAGCAGCAGAGCUGCUGCUGGCACCGGGGGCGGCCCAGCUCUGCCCUGCUGGCUCUUCUAUGCUGUGUUUCAAUGCUGCUGUGCCCCCGCCCCCAGGCCUGGCUGGGGGGCACAAGAAGGUGGCAGGGGUGGGAUGGCAGCUCCCAGGGGCACCAGGGGCUGGUGAUGGACAGACUGACCUGUGUGACUGUGAACUGGAACCGUGUGUGACGGGGGCCUGGGACCAUCCCUGUGCAGAGCAUUCCUGCUCACUCCCUGCCCGAGCAGUGCCGGGAACCCGGGAGGGAGAACAGCUUCUCUCCAUUCCUCAAUACAGCUUUGGGUUUUUUCUUCUGUUUUUUUUUCUUUCUUUUGGGUUUGGUUUUUUGUUUUAUUUUUUGGUUGUUUUCUUCUCUCUCCUGUCUUCCUUGUACAUGUUUGUUUUUUUUUGUGUGUGUGUGUGCGUUCCACAGAGAACCAAGGUGAAAUAAACCCUCAACUUAUCCCGGAGCUGAGCUGGCGUCAUCCCUGGCCA